AUUGCGUAACUGCGGCGUCUGAUGAGCCCGACGAUCCCAAGAAACAGACGCUACCUUUUUUCAUAUUUUUCACCAUUAAGACUGGAGAUCCGUCGCACUCAAACAGAGAGGGACGCGCGAAGACAGUUUUAAUUUUUACAACAUAAUUAAAUGUUCGCCUGCUGUCAUCGGAUGAAGAAAUGAGCCAUGUUUUGUUUUUGAUAUCGGCUAUAUUGACAGCUGUGUAGCGGCUCCCCGUUAAGGGUGACAGUUAGCAGAAUAAGUGGUGCCUCCAGCCUUUUCUGCCUACAUUUUGGGCAGAAAAGGCGCUUCAACACCAUUUCUUUUCUUUUUCUCCGGGUGGUGGGGCUGGCGCCGAGCCAAUAAUUGACUCUGGAGCAGGACACGGAGGAUAGUAUGGCCAUGACCGGAGGGACGGCAGCCGCCCUCCCGAUGAGCAACCACACCCGAGAAAGGGUAACGGUGGCCAAGUUGACGCUGGAGAACUUCUACAGCACGCUGCUCACCCAGCACGAGGAGCGCGAGAUGAGGCAGAAGAAGCUGGAAAAGGCCAUGGAUGAUGAAGGUUUGCUGGAUGAGGAGAAAGUAAUGCGUCGCUCACAACACGCUCGCAAAGAAACAGAGUUUUUACGCUUGAAGAGGACACGACUGGGGUUGGAUGACUUUGAGUCCCUUAAAGUCAUCGGACGUGGUGCUUUUGGAGAGGUGCGUUUGGUCCAAAAAAAGGACACCGGGCACAUUUACGCCAUGAAAAUUUUACGGAAAGCGGACAUGCUGGAGAAAGAGCAGGUUGCUCAUAUCCGGGCCGAACGAGAUAUUCUCGUGGAGGCAGACGGCGCCUGGGUGGUGAAAAUGUUUUACAGCUUCCAGGAUAAACGGAACCUCUACCUCAUCAUGGAAUUCCUGCCCGGAGGCGACAUGAUGACGCUGCUGAUGAAGAAGGACACCCUGUCCGAGGAGGCCACGCAGUUCUACAUUGCCGAAACGGUGCUGGCCAUCGACUCCAUUCACCAGUUGGGCUUCAUCCACCGAGACAUCAAACCGGACAACCUGCUGCUCGACUCCAGGGGACAUGUCAAGUUGUCUGAUUUUGGCUUGUGUACGGGACUUAAGAAAGCCCACCGCACUGAAUUUUACAGGAACCUGACACACAACCCGCCUAGCGACUUUUCCUUUCAAAACAUGAACUCGAAGCGGAAAGCAGAAACCUGGAAGAAAAACCGGAGACAGCUGGCUUACUCCACAGUGGGCACACCGGACUACAUCGCUCCAGAAGUCUUCAUGCAAACAGGCUACAACAAGCUGUGUGACUGGUGGUCAUUGGGAGUCAUUAUGUACGAGAUGCUGAUAGGCUAUCCGCCUUUUUGUUCGGAGACGCCGCAGGAGACGUACAGGAAAGUAAUGAACUGGAAGGAGACACUCGUGUUUCCCCCCGAAGUCCCCAUUUCGGAGCGAGCUAAGGACAUGAUAUUGCGGUAUUGCACUGAUGCCGAAAACCGAGUCGGCGCAGGCAGCGUGGAAGAAAUCAAAAGCCAUCAGUUUUUUGAGUCUGUUGACUGGGAACAUAUCAGAGAACGCCCUGCCGCCAUCUCCAUUGAAAUCAAAAGCAUCGACGACACCUCCAAUUUUGAUGAUUUCCCAGAGUCGGACAUCCUCCAACCAGCUAAUACAACAGAACCUGAUUUCAAGUCCAAGGAUUGGGUGUUCCUCAACUACACUUACAAACGCUUCGAGGGCUUGACUCAACGAGGCACCAUCCCCACGUACAUGAAGCCCGGUAAAGCCUGACGUGCUCAAACAGGGAGUAUCCAAAAUAAGACAUUCACGGACGUAACAGGGUCGGGCCCGCCAUUGGCCCCCGCUGGUGCCGAAAACCGAGCCGCCUCUCGGUCACUUCAAGUGUACGUGCGAAUCACUGCUUUGACAUAUUGAUAUAGUUUGAACUAGCUCAUAUGCAAAACAAGUACCUGCUACUGAACAUACACAAGAAGGUUUCAGCAUGAUUGGCCAUAGUUUUGCUCAGAGCUUUUUGAGGAAAUUGGGUAUUUGUUGAAAACCUCUCAGGAAUUUUUUUUCUUCAAAGUACUACAAAUAUUGUCUCGUACUUGCGGAUUUUGGAUUUUAGUUGCCUCCAAGUGUAACAAGGGUAGUCUAUAGGUGUUACAGGGUAAAUAACGUAGGCUUGAAGAAAUAGCAGUAGCUUUAAGGAACCAGGGAUGGAAUUUUAGUGUUUCAUUAUUUUAGUUCCUGGUUUAUAAUUACCUAUAAACAGAACAAAUCAUGCUGGAAUCUUCCCAGCGCCCUAUGAGAUGACCCCACAGACACAAAGUGUCCAUUGUGUUACUUCCCCUAACAUUUGUGCCCCUAGAUUAAAAAAAAAAAUCAGACAAGGUCCAAUCACUUCCUUUCUCGAAGUGCCUUUGCGUGUAACUAAUAAAUGGCUUUUUGUCAGUGGUCAUCGCAAUGAAUCGAAAAAGGGGAAAGUUUAGAAAAAUGAAAGGGAAAAAAAAUUUUUUAGGUCAGCUUUAGCAAUAUUGACGUUAACGGUUUAGUUAAAUGACAGUAUUUUUAUGGCAUUGAUAAGAAAGGAUCCUCGUAAAAUGAUGUGCGUCAAAGCAAACAGUAGACAAUGAAGCCUUGUGGAUGGAACGCCAUAUCACAUUACAUUUUAACACUCAAUACACAUUUGUUUUUGUUUUUUUUGUUUGUUUUUUUUGUUUGUUUUUUUGAAAUUGUCAUUGACGUCUGCUUCUAAUUGCACAGCUUGUUAAAAAACGGCUACCAAAGACCAUGACCGUGAAUCCCAGAUGUAGCUCACGCUCAAUGCGCCUAACGUCAAACUACCUUAAUCAUUACACACACCUCAAAUAGUGUUCAAAUUCACUGUCUUGUUCAUAAAAAAAAAAAAAAGAACAAAUGCAGGCAAGUUACAGAAAAAGUAAAACGCACUGAGGUUGUUUCCAUUUUCGCCACACGUCGGUGCUAUUGCAGCAGAAGGAAAUGAUAACGUCAACUAAUUCUGUUACAAGUAAUGAGUUCUACAGUAAAGUACAAGUAAUGUAUAAAAGAUUAUGUGUAUAUUACUGCGUUAUUUAUUAAUUAUAUGUCUUUGAAUCUAAUUUUUAUUCCUAAUCUAUUCAUUUUUACCCCCUUUGAGUCAGAUUCAUGUUCAAAAUGACAUGAUCCAUUUGUUCAUGGGACAAAACGGGGGAAAAAAUGACCCUCGACGGUAAUGUAAAGUAUUUAAUGUACAAUUUGUAUAACAAAUUGUGUGUACAUUUACUGUCCUUUCUUGGCAACAAAAGCCGGUUGUUGUUAUUGCUGUCACAAUUUAAAAUAGUUAUAGAAAUGUGAGUGAAGGAACUGAACUGUACAAUGAGUUGUAGUGAUGAGUGAAAGAAGGACCUAAAAGCAGUGUUGUUUUUGGCAGCCAUUUUAUUUUUCGUAUCAGUCUUUUGGACGAUAAUACUGACUAAUUAAUCUCGUAGUCAUAUUAUAAUCAUUUCAAAAUGUGUUUGUCUUCGUCUAGUUUUAGUCGACAUUUACUCAAUAUUUUAGUUUGUCAAAUUUGAAAGUUUCACUCCAAAAAUGAAUAAAUAAAAAAAAUAGGGUUGUUCUGAUCAUGUUUUUUGGCUCCCGAUCGUUUUAGUUUGAGUAUCUGCCGAUCCCGAUAUUUCCCGAUCCGAUUGCUUUUUAUUUUCUCCCGAUUCAAUUCCAAUCAUUCCCGAUAAUUUUUCCUGAUCAUAUACAUUUUGGCAAUGCAUUAAGAAAAAAAUGGAUAAAACUCAAACGAAUAUAUACAUUCAACAUACAGUACACAAGUACUGUAUUUGUUUAUUAUGACAAUAAAUCCUCAAGAUGGCAUUUGCAUUAUUAACAUUCUUUCUGUGGGAGGGCAAGACUUGUGACUUUGUAUAUUGUGACUAAAUAUUGCCAUUUAGUGUGUUUGUUGAGCUUUCAGUAAAUGAUACUGCAGCCAUUUAACUUCUGCCCAAGUGCAUGAUAGGAAGUGGAACCAUGACUGUGCGUAAUGGUACCAAUUGAUAUAUCUUCUCAGCGUUGGGAAAUAAAAAAGGGUGUUAAGAAGAAGAUCUACUACCUUGCUUCCCCACAUUGCUUCCCUCGAUACUUCUAAUCACUGAGAGAGGGAUCGUAAGGCUUGAGCCAAUUAAAAAAAGGCUUCAAAGGCUGCCAAAAUUCUCUCUACUCAUUUUACGUUGCCUUUUAGCUCUAUGUAUACGUAAUACGGUGCCGUUAUAGAUUGAACGCGACAAUGCGUGAGUGGGUAGUGCAGCGCAUGCGUUAAUUGCGUUAAUUAUUUUAAUGUUAUAACUGCCAUUGACGCGAUAAAUUUGACAGCCCUACUUUAAGCCAAAACUAAAGACUCUGGAUAAGUGUAAGACAUUUUGUCUGUAAAGUUAAAUACAAUUAGAAAACAAUUUAAUUAAAAACAUAUAAAUAUAUAUAUUAAAAAAGGCAUGUCCGAUACUGUUUUUGCCGAUUCCGAUACUUCGAAAAUGACGUGAUCGGACCCGAUCGACAUCUUUAAAAAAAAAUGUUUGCAACUAUUUCGCAUGAACAUUGACUGAUGUGCACAUAAUGUAGCCUCUACAAAUCUAUCACGUGAUACUACACACUCAGCAUGAAAACAGGACAAUUAUUUUCAAUGAUUUAUACCUACCUAGAUGCCACAAACUAUGUAUUAAAAAAAAAAAAAAGUCCGAGAGUUUAAAAGGACGCUCGCCGUUAGAAUAGCCUAAUGCUAACACCAACGUGAAUGCUAUGCUAAUGCUAUAAAUUACAUUUGGUGUUUGAGGAUCACUCAGCACAGUCCUUUAAAGGCUAAAGCAAUAUUGGGUAUUCUCUCUUGCCAAGAUAAGAAGAAAAAUCUUACAGUGUGUGUCUCAAAACAAGCAAUGUGGAGACUGGAGAGGACACUAGCGGGUGACGUGGGGAAGCGCAGCACAUCCCAUGAGUGACACAACCAGACACUGCUACAAUGUUGGCUAACUACCCAUAAAAUGUCAGUCAUUGUCAACAUGUGACGGAAACUAUGGAGCAUUUUCGUCUCGUUUUAGUCUCGUCAGACGAAAACUGGCCUUCGUGUCGUUAUGUUUUAGUCUCCCAAGACACGUUUUUAGCUCGUUAUUGUCCGUCAUUGUCAUGAAAAAAAUGUUUGUUGACGAAAUAUUUUUGUUCGUCAUCGUUGACAAAAACAACACUGCCUAAAAUAGUACAAAUUAAAUUUUUAAAAAAACAUCAAACAGUAAGUAUGGACCAAACUAGUCUAGAAAAAAUAACAAAAAGUGGUCGUCGUCCAAGUUAGGACAAUGUUGAUGGGUUAUGUAUGUCAUGAUGUAUUUGUAUGCUGUCUGAUGUAGCCCAGUAAAGGAAAAUACAAGUAAUAUAUUCACAUGGUAAUUUUUUAUGUUAAUAACAGGGCAAAAAAUAAAAACUCAAGUCUCUCCACUUGUGUCACUUUUACAACUCUGAACAAUCUUGACAUCUACACUGAAUGAGGUGUGCUCGUUGGAAAUAUACAGUGCUGGCCAAAAGUAUUGGCACCCCUGCAAUUCUGUCAAAUAAUGCUAAUUUCUCACAGAAAAUGAUUACAAUUACAAAUGCUUUGGUAGUAAUAUCUUCAUUUAUUUUGCUUGCAAUGAAAAAACAUAAAGAGUUUUUUUUUUUUUUUUAAAUCAUUAUAAUUUUACACAAAACUCAAAAAAUUGGCUGGACAAAAAUAUUAGCACCCUUUGAAAAAUCAUGUGAUGCUUCUCUAAUAUGUGUAAUUAACAGCAUCUGUUACUUACCUGUGGCACAUGGCAUUGUGGUGGCAAUAACUAAAUCACAUUUGUAGCCAGUUAAAAUGGAUUAAAUUUGACUCAACCUCUGUCAUGUGUCCUUGUGUGAACCACAUUGAGCAUGGAGAAAAGAAAGAAGACCAAAUAACUGUCGGAAAUUGUGAGAAAGCAUGGGCAAUCUCAAGGCUACAAGUCCAUCUCCAAAGACCUGAAUGUUCCUUUGUCUACCGUGUGCAAUGUCAUCAAUAAGUGUGAAGCCCAUGGCACUGUGGCUAACCUCCCUAGAUGUAGACGGAAAAGAAAAAUUGACCAGAGAUUUCAACAAAAAAUUGUGAGGAUGGUGGAUAAAAUACCUCGACUAACAUCAAAACAAGUUCAAGCUGUCCUGCAGUCCGAGGGUACAAUAGUGUCAACCCGUACUAUCCGUCGGCGUCUGAAUGAAAAGAGAGUCUAAUGUAGGAUACCCAGGAAGACCCCACUUUUGACCCAGAGACAUAAAAAAGCCAGACUGGAGUUUGCCAAAAUGUACCUGAGAAAGCCAAAAAUGUUUUGGAAGAAUGUUCUCUGGUCAGAUGAGACAAAAGUUGAGCUUUUUGGGAAAAGGCAUCAACAUAGAGUUUACAGGAAAACAAUGAGGCCUUCAAAGAAAAGAACAAGGUCCCCACAGUCAACAUGGUGGAGGUUCCCUGAUGUUUUGGGUUUGUUUUCCUGCUUCUGGCACUGGACUGCAUGACCGUGUGCAUGGCAUUUUGAAGUCUGAAGACUACCAAUGAAUUUUGCAGCGUAAUGUAGGGCCCAGUGUGAGAAAGUUGGGUCUCCCUCAGAGGUCCAGCAGGACAAUGACCCAAAACACACUUCAAAAAGCACUAGAAAAUGGUUUAAGAAAGAGCACUGGAGACUUCUAAAGUGGCCAGCAAUGAGCCCAGAUUUGAAUCCCAUAGAACACCUGUGGAGAGAUCUGAAAAUGGCAGUUUGGAAAAGGCACCCUUCAAAUCUAGAGACCUGGAGCAGUUGGCCAAGGAAGAAUGGUCUAAAAUUCCAGCAGAGCAUUGUAAGAAACUCCUUUGAUGGAUACCGGAAGCGGUUGUUCGCAGUUAUUUUGUCUAAAGUUUGUGCUACCAAGUAUUAGGCUGAAGGUGUCAAUACUUUUGUCCGGCCCAUUUUUAGAGUUUUGUGUAAAAUGAUCAUGAUCUAACUUUUUUUCCCAUUCUUUUUUGUGUUUUUUCAUUGCAAGCUAAAUAAAUGAAAAUAUUACUACCAAAGCAUUUGUAAUUGCAAUCAUUUUCUGGGAGAAAUUGAGCAUGAUCUGACAGAAUUGCAGGGGUGCCAAUACUUUUGGCCAGCAGUGUAUUUGAGUGAUGAGCAUUGCUAAACGUGCAAAUGACGCAAAAACACAGUUAAAGGAUCCACGUUUCCAAGACAAAAGAGGACAUGACCUAUUAAUACAGCAGCAUACACGCAAAAAAAGGGGUAAAUAUGCAUCAAGGUGUUUGCGGACGUGAUGCUUGACCUCAAAUGUGGAGUGGAGAGAGAGUCCUUAUAUAGCGCUUUAUCUAAAUUGUAUGUGGAAAGCCUAAAAUGCAGGACACAUACAG